AUGUCUGCCACGGCGGCGUACCGGCAGUUUCUCGCCUCCCCCAACUCGGCGCUGCUUGCCGCGAACGCGACUCUCCAUUACAUCACCACCACUUCGACUUUCAACGGCCCUACCGACAUCAUCAAGCACCUCAGCACCCAGCGGAAUCAGCUGAAGAAGCACCAGGAGGACAUACUCGACGUGGUGGAGGGUCGUGAUGCGCUAGCAGCCGAGAUUGAGACGGCCCUUGAAUUCGUGACGAGCGGUGGUGCCUACCUGCCUGGUCUCGACGACAACUUCCUGGCUGACCAGAAGGUCUACUUCACUAUUACUCACUUCGUGACUUUCGAUGCCGAAGGCAAGAUCACACAGAUCCGCUUGACCUGGGAUCAGGGCUCGCUUCUGAAGCAGCUCGAAAUCAUUGGCAAGUCCGGACGCAACUGGCCUAUUCGCGAUGGCAAGGAACAAACCAAGUUGAUCACGACUGCCCUCAAGGCCUCCGGCAGAAUCGCGAGCGCACCCGACACGAACGAAAUCACGAUUCGUUCCCGCGGAGCAUCCCAGAACAUCCUGAGGGACCCGCACGCGUCCCUGUCUUUAUUUGCCUCUCGCGAGCAGCAGGCGGCUGACGAGACCAACGGCCAGUCCGUCGUGUCACCAUACGCAGGCACCCGCCCUCACCAGAGGUCAUUCACUGACAUCCUGACGGAUGCGCCUGCGGAAGACCCUAGCUCACCCAGCACCGGGCGCGAGCGAGCGCCCAAGAUUGGCGCCGGCAAGAACUUCCAGCCCCAGCGACUCUUCGACGCUGACCCCAAUGCGCCACUGGAGCCCGAAUCGCCCGAGGCCACCAUGAGCCCCAGCAAGGCCUACCGUCCUCAUCCCACCAAGUACGACCACUUCGAUUUCGCCGAUGGCUCUGAUCCUCAGGAUGCUGCCGCCGCGGUCGCUGCUCGCGACGCGCACAAGCCCAAGCCUGCCAAGAACGGCGCAAAUUGGUCCUUCGAAGACUUCACCACCCCCCACAAGCCCCAGCCUUCGAAGGCGUUCCGCCACCAGGAUGUCCGCCACUGGGACGCGGACAAGGACUCUGGUAUCCAGGAGACCCCUGUGCACCACGCACCACCCAAGCCUCGCCGCGAUGCCGAGGCCCAUUUCGAAUACCUUGACGAUGGGCUUCCCCAGCCUGGAAGUCGCGUCUCUAGCCGGCCCCGCGGUGCAGGCCAGAACGAAGGCUCCCAUCUGUAUGAGAACAACCUGUACAAUGAAGACGGAUCAGCACCUACACCUGCUCCCAACCGAGCGCUGGGUAACAUCACGAACCUGUCGGACCGCCACAAGGACUUUGACCCUCACUUCGCCAUUGAGGACAAGUCUCCUGCUCCUAGCAAGGUGCACAAGCCUGCCGAGGAGGCCAAGAAGGAGAACGCGGGAGGCAUUCACAUUGCCGGCGACGGCAUGGGUGGCCGCAAGGGCACCAACCGAGACUGGCUCUACGGCGAAGAUUCGGAACCGACGCCAAAGGCCAACAAUGGCAAGAAGCAGGGCACGUCGGGAGCACAGAAGAACUCAAGCUUCAACUGGGACUUUUAA